AUGUCGCGAUAAAUUGAACGAAUUACCACGGCUGAUGAACGUCGAUCGACUGUCGCUAGUGCGCGGUUUCGCACUAACUCAAGAGCCGUUCUUCAGAAGUCUUCUUCGAGCUAGCGUAAAGUUUUGGCGACAAAUUUCUCGACGUAUUCGGAAGAUUUUUCGUAAGAUUUUUGGAUCCGAGCGUUUUGUAGAGAAGCAACUGGCCAAGGAACAGAUCAUGAUCCCACCACAUUUGGGACGUUCAAUGUUUGGCGUGAUGGACGAGACAGGCCAACUGCAAAGUGGUCAGAUUUUUGUGCAGUACACGAAUAAUGUUUGGUUGAAAACACCGUCGAGUAAAGCGGCGAAAACGAUUUUGAAAGGUCCAGUUUUGAUGACAAAGAAUCCGUGUAUCGUGGCCGGAGAUGUUCGAAUAUUCGAAGCAGUUGACAUUCCCGAACUGCAUCAUCUCGUUGAUGUGGUCGUCUUUCCGCAGUAUGGUCCAAGACCGCAUACGGAUGAAAUGGCCGGAUCAGAUUUGGAUGGUGACGAAUACACGGUGAUAUGGGAUAAGAAGUUGAUGUUUGUUCGAAAUGAGAGUCCGUUGGAUUUUACGAAGAGAGUGAAAAAAUAUGAAGUAGUUGAUCAAGAUCACGUGGAUUUCGAGAUGCGGAAGUUUUUCUGCAAUUACAUAAAGCAAGAUUCGAUUGGGUCAAUCGCAAACGCGUUCCUGGUGAAUGCGGAUUUGUAUGGGAUAACGAGUGAAGUGAGCGAAGUGACUUUGUUAAAUGAGUUGUUAAUCGGUCGUUUAGUCGUUUUGUGCUUAUCGAUUCAUUUUAUCAUAGGAGAGUUUAUGCCGGUUUAUAUGCUCGGCGAAAGCCAUAGCUUAUGCAUUCCACAAUUUGGCAAUGGCAGUUACACUGUUUAUUUGAUUUUAUUUGAUGUUCAUCGCACGUUUUUGUAUUCAUUUUGUGCAUUCACUCAGAUUUGUGUGAAUAUCGCUCGAAAGCAUUCACAAGCAGUGGAUUUCCCGAAAACUGGCGACGCUCCUGAGCCACUAACAAAAGUGUGGACGGAAGGCGCCAGUGGAAGUUUGGUACCACCAGAACGGUCGGAGAGAUGGCCAGAUUUUAUGUGUAAAAAUCAUGAGCCGAACUAUAUAUCGCCACGUCUUGUCGGACAACUCUAUAGACGUAUCCGAUUGGUUGACGAUGUGUUGACGCUGACGAGUGCAUUGGAGGAUGUCACAGUGCUGGAGUUGGAUCCAAUGUUGAUAUUUCCGGGAUGGGAAGGAUAUACGACGAUUGCUCAACUACAACUAGACUCGUAUAAUGCACAUAUUAGGGCACUUCUGGACAACUAUGGAAUCCAAGACGAAGGUCAAUUGAUCUCGGGUUGUAUCAGUGUGAUUCGUAAUCGAAUAAGUGACCGUGAUGUGGACGAUAUGUCAUUUUAUAACACGAAUCAUGUGAUUGAAAAGAAAGUGGCGUCAGUCUUUCGAAUGUUUCGAAAUGUGUUCUUCGAAGAAUUUGGAGGGUACGAGCGAUGUACACGAGUUGAUAAGGAAAGAUCGAUGGGAGGCAAUAACGACGAAGAUAGACGAAUUUGUUUGAAUCCAACAGAAGGCAUGAAACAAAAAGCAUCGGCUUACUAUAUCACUUGUUACAGUAAGUUGCAAGCUACCACUAAAUAUCAUUUCUACUGUCCCAGUUUUAUCGGACUACUCCAUCCGACCAGGUUGAGUAAGCGAGUGUCUGUCUGUCCCAAAUUUCAUUAG